AUGAACAACCAUGAUAUCUUCGACGAGCCGCCGCCUUCUUACGAAGAGGCAACCGGCCGCCCAUCAAACAACAGCAACACCAAUCACCAGGGACCACCACCGCCGACACCACCAAGACCUGCCAAUAACAAAGCCAACGGUACCCAAAACGCCCCAAGCACCCCGGGGGGGCCAGCAUCACCAACAGUCACGCCUCACACGCCAGCCCAGACCUUCCAGCAAAUUCUCCCCGUCUCCCAAACUGUAAAUCAGCAGUUCCCACCAGCCUUCAACCUCUACCGCGAUGCGUUUCCAGGCCAGCGAUCCUACUUCCUCGGCGAGCACCAGGUCACCCCGCUGUACUCGGUGACAGCGUGGACGGGUUGGACGACAGGGGCGAGCCUGGUGCUGCACAACGGGCCCAGCGACGACCACCCGCCCCUCGCGACGGUGGUGUACGAGUCGCUGGGCCGGCGGAUGAGCGUCAACCUGCCGCCGCUCCCGGGCCACAGGCCCGAGCCCAUCUCCGUGGCGAUGCCCACCUUCAUGAGCGCCAAGUUCACCUUCGUCGUGGAAGUGAAAAAUGGCAUGACGUACCGGAAGGAGGCCUUCGAGUGGCGCCGGAGCAACAGCCUCGCCAUCAGCGGGCUGGGCGGCCGGUCCCAGGGGUGGAAGCUCGUGCGGCUCAGCAACGAGCUGCCUCCCGGCGGUGUCACGAUUGCGGGCAGCGGGCCGCCUUCUGGGGACGGCCACGAGGUCGUCGCUGUGUGCACGGAUGCUGUGAUGAGUCUUACCAAGAUGUUCAAGUUCUCGUUCCUUGGCACGGGCCUCUCCGGCGCGCUCGGGGAGAGGUGGGCCGUCAUGGCCGUGGCGACGGGGCUUGUCAUCUGGGACCAGGAGCGCAGGAGGGACUAG